AUGCGUGACGCUAUUCCAGUUGAAAAGCGAGUGGCUGUGAGCUUGUGGCGUUUGGCGACUGGCGAGUGCUACCGCUCAUGUGGACUGAUGAUCGGACUGGCAAAACCUACAGUGGUUAAGUGCUGUCAUGAGUUUGUAGAGGCAAUUUGCUAUCUGCAGGAUGACUUCAUAAAGUUUCCUUCUACAAGGGUGGAAAUAAGCAGGAAAAUUGAAGGUUUCUCUGAGAAGAGCAAGGUUCCGAAUGUUGUUGCAGCGAUUGACGGUAGAUACAUUCCUAUAAAAGCACCAAAAGAGAAUCACGAGGACUACUUUAACCGGAAACAUUUUUACAGUUAUUUAGUACAAGGGAUUGUUGACUCUUCGGGACUCUUUUUAUCUCUUGCCACUGGGUUUCCCGGGAGUCUGCAUGAUUCUCGAAUGCUGCGACUAAGCGAUGUGUACUGGGCCGCUGAAAAUGAGGACAUUCUCAUGGAACCUACCCUGGAUUUGGGGGGAACCGUAAUUCGCCCACUUGUGCUGGGAGAUUCAGCGUACCCAUUGAAGACCUGGCUUCUACCGGUUAUCAAAGAUAAUGGAGCCCUUAACCGAGACCAGAAGAAGUUCAAUAAGAAACUCUCUAAAGCAUGA